AGAAUAACGAAGGGGGCGGAGUCGGUCGAUCUUGGGAUCAAGGGAUGUGGGCGGAGACAGUCGGCCGACUCCGGGGAGGUUCCCUUUCUUCGGUGUCCAUCACUUGCCUGCUGACUACACCAGGGAGAAUGUCUGGGGAAUUCGCUAGGAGCUUAGGAAAAGGUGAGAGGGUUUGCUUCUUUCCCAAAGCAUUGCAUGCUCUAUGCUUGCCUGUGCCUGUCUUUGUGGGGAGGAUCGGGCCGCCUCUUUUCCUUGUGGCGCCCCUCCGACGCCCAGCAAAUACUAAUUUUAGUGAUUUUCCUCCAUAUUACGGCAAGGGAAAAAGGGGUGAAAUUUCCCCCUUCUCUGAGCCCGCUCGUUACCACCCCACCCGCUGAUGUGUUUUAAAAUAAGAAUAAUAAUACCAAGCUGCGUUUAUUUAACGCCACGUGAUUUGCUGCGGCGCAUACGUUCAGAGGCACGUAUACGAAGAGAGGGAGGGGAGGAUUUCCUGGGACUAUUUAUGAAAUUAUAACGUUUCAAAAUGGACUCUUUCCUUGAAACUCUGUGUAAAGCAAAUCUCCGAAGCAGCUCGCCACGAACUUCACUAAAAGCGACGUGCAUUUUAAAAAAUAAACGCUCCCCAAAACAGUUUGCAUGGCGGCGUGUCACUCCUCUAGUUUCCUCAUUUAAUUAAAAAAACACACACAACGAUCGUGAGCUCGCGCUCUCCUCUGAGCUACGUCUGAUGUGAGACGCGCGUUGCUGUUUGUGCACAGUACUGCAUGUGAAAAAUAGGAUUGGCGUUGAUGACUUUAAUUUGCCUCAGGUCAUCUUCUCCACCUGCACUCUGGACAAUUUGCACUGAUAAUUGUAUUGGUAACAUGACUAUUUAAUUUGCACGCCUUUUAAAGGUCUGUUCAGGUGUUGGUGUAGCUUCCUAAACCUCUUGCCUAGCCGCUGCUGGUAAUGAGCUAACUGAGGGUGCAGUGUAAUACCAGAAGUGGGUUUUGUAGUAAGUAGCUACUUUCCCAGUUGGCAAAUUCUCCAGAUGCAUAUUUUGCUAGACCCAGAAGAGUCUGUUGUGAUCUUCCGUGCUGUGGCCCUACACCAGACCCCAAUUCAUUCAUGGGACACUUUUCAAUUGGCACUGAAGGCAAGAUGCUGAUUAAAUUGGUGAGGGCAGUGUUGUGCCACACACUUUUUCUCUUAAUAAACCAUGGGUCUUUAUGGGGUAGCUGCAGCUUGUUCUUGUAAGAAAUACAACUGCAGAACAACUUGCACAUUGUAGGAGUCCUUCAAUGAGUUUUGAUGAUUUGUAGACCUGUUACUCCUAUAAAGAAAGAGCACCCUGUUAAAAUCAUGAGAUGGGGUUGUAAGAGCUCAUGAAACCUCAAAAAGCAGCACUCUUGUGUCCUAGAACAUGAUAAUUUAAAGGAUAUCGUUAUGGGGCAUGCCCUGACUGGAAAUAAAUACAUGUCCAUCUGAAACUUUGGUAGAUGCAAACAGUAUUGAAAAUGGGAUGGCAUAUAACUGGCCUGAUGUCAUCAUGGCCACAGAUCAUCCUGAGUGAGUUAUAGUCUCUUUCCUUUAGCCCAAGUCCGUGAAGUACAUCCUUGGUUUGGGGAAGAGCAUAAACUUAAGUGUCUUUCCCACACAACCUUCCUUCCUGGCUUGUGACUUUGUGUCUGCCUACAUGCCCAAGUCUAGCAAGGAAGUUAUGUGUGUGUUUCUUUGCUGCAUACACAGAGAGAGAUGGAUGUGUUGAGACAUGUUGGGACGUUCAUUUUGUUUCUUCCUGGCCCUGCAGUCAUGCAUGAAUAGCGGUGAAUGGGCCCCAUAAGUCCAUACCAGGUGGGGAAAUGAGUACUGCAACGCUAAGCUUAUGCUGCCAAAUCUUUUGUUUUCGUUUUUUACAGCAUAUUCCUGCACAUGUUUAUUCAGUGAUAAAUCCCAUUGAGUUCAAUGGGGCUUACUCUCAGAUAAGUGGAUAUAGGACUGCAGGCUUAAGCUCCAAAAAGUGCAGAACAAUUACAAUGUACAAGCUGCUUACUUUGCAGCAAUUCAGCUGAGUUCUGUGGAAUUAUUCUCACAUCGGUAGCUUGGCAUCCUCACACUCCUGUCGCCAUUUACUUUCCUCUGCUAAUUCAUCUGAAUUAAGAUGUGAAUCACCAGUGUGAAAAAAGCCUUUGGAAUGACUGCAGGGUUAUGAAAAUGGAGCAUAUCAAAUACCAGAGGAAUUUAUUUUUUGGAAGGCUCCCCUUUUUUCUCUCUGCUUCUUUGUUCUCUCUGCUUAUGGUUUCUGUUCAGAAAAGGCUAUAAUUUUGCUAGUUCUGACCAGAAUGACCUGUGUAAGUCUCUUUGUAUUCCAGGAAGUUCUGCUCCAGGGCCUGUGCCGGAGGGAGUGAUCCGUCUGUACAGUAUGCGCUACUGCCCUUUUGCACAGAGAACAAGGCUAGUCCUCAGAGCCAAAGGAAUCAAGUAAGAUAAGUCAAUCAGUCAUUUUACUUGUAUGCCACCUUUCCAAAAACUAAAAACGUAACAAAAGUAGUUGUAAACAAUAAAUGAAACAUCAAAAAGUACACAACCAAAUAGAACAAUUUCCACAUAAAUCAUAAGAUCAAAAAUAUACAGAAAUUAACAGCAACGGCCACACCCAACAACUCCCCCAAACAAUACUCCAGCCCCCAGAUCAAAUGAACCUUCUCUCUAAUUUCACAUAGUCCUAAUUUUAUUGUAUUGUAAUUGUUUUUAACCACCUUUGGGGCUGAAAACUGGCAGAUGUUCACUGCAUAUCAAGCUUUAUGGGAGUUGCCUUCCAAUUGACACAGGGUGUGUUUCUACGCACCCAUGCACUCCACCCAGAAAGUGUGCGCCACAGCAUGAGGCAGUGGAAUGUGGAGAUUCCCAUUUUGACCCCGUGAUGUUUUUGCAUCCAACAAGAGGAGGAGGUGGAGCUGCUGAAAGAACCCUUUGAUGAGUGCUAGAAUGGAGUCCAUGGUCUGGAGCAGGCAUCAGCAAACUUUUUCAGCAGGGGGCUGGUCCACUGUCCCUCAGACCUUGGGCGGGGGGCGGACUAUAUUUUGAAGGGGAAAAAAUGAAUCAAUUCCUAUGCCCCACAAAUAACCCAGAGAUGCAUUUUAAAUAAAAGGACACAUUCUACUCAUGUAAAAACACGCUGCUUCCCGGACCAUCCGCGGGCCGGAUUUAGAAGGUGAUUUGGGCCGGAUCCGGCCCCCAGGCCUUAGUUUGCCUACCCAUGGUCUGGAUCAAUCCCAGAGGCCAGUGGUUCCCCAUUCGUCAUCUAGACCCCUUGCCUUCUAGUUCCUAAUGGUUAGAGGGCUGGAUCUGGAGUUCUGUAACCAUGUAGCCUAUAUGAAACAACCUUAGGUGAUUUCAAUAACAUAGCAGAAGUUGACUCUAACUGUAACAGGCAAGUUGGCAAAAUAACCUUGCUGUGUUUUUCCAUGUCAUACGUUUUAGUCAUGAAAUUGUCAAUAUCAACUUGAAAAACAAGCCAGACUGGUUUUUUGAGAAAAGCCCAUUCGGAUUGGUACCUGUGCUAGAGACCAGCAAGGGCCAGUUGAUCUAUGAGUCUCCAAUCACUUGUGAGUAUUUGGAUGAAGCGUAUCCAGAGAAGAAGCUGUAUCCUGCAGAUCCUUAUGAGAAAGCUUAUCAGAAGAUGCUCUUGGAACAUUUCUCCAAGGUGUGUACAGAGGAGUAACGGGAAACUCAUUUCAGUGUGUGGUAUGAAAAUAACACUUGAUAAGGCAUUGUUAUGAUUACAGGCAGUCUGCUAGGCAACACCACUGCCCUAUUUUAAACAUGUGCCUGAAAGCAAAAAGUGAGAUCUGCAAACAAAACAUUUGUGGAAGAAAGACAGUAGUUUUAAAGUUACUGGACAAUGUGACCUAAUGCUGGGUGUUACUAGGAACUGGUUGCUACGAAGAGUUUUAGUGUGUUGACAUGCCACUUAUGACAUCCUGCACAGAUCCUGGUACAAGAUGACAGGACCAGGCUGGUAUAACUGAGAAAGUGGGAUUUUGUAGACUAGGGACAACAGAGGAAACACUGGUGAAUGUGGAACAUACAGACAGGGUAAGGUGGCUGCUAUAUGUUGUCCCAACAUAGGACUAAAGUAUAGAAGCAAAGCGGAACUGCUAAUGUACUGUGUAGCUUUGCUUUUCCUUUGAGCUUACUUGGAAUUCUACAUUAAACCAGGGUUAUUCUGGAUGCUGAGUGGAAGGGGUGUGUGUUGAUAUCUGGUACGAUCUUCUGGGUUGUUCCACAUUCUCCUGCAUUGAGAGAUGCUUUCUGUGGGUUUAUCUCCCUUGGUUUGUGUUUCCUCCUCUCCAUCUUAAACCCAUUCACUUCUAUGACAACAAAAUUCAUUAGAAUUUUUUAAAUAAGGCGUCUGAGGAACACAUCCAAUCUCCUGUAGCAUCACACAAUGGAAAGUUGCCCUGUGUUAACUAAAAUGGACAUGUUUCUCUGUCUGUAGUAUGCAAUUAAAUGUGUGAAAGAGAAAGGUGUGAAUCUCAAGAGGUAACCAAAUUGUUUAGAGGAGGAAAACAACUCGUUUAGGCAUCUUUAUAGCAGGGGUGGUGAGCUUGUGGCCCUCUUAUUGGACUCUUAACACCCAUCACAUUGGCUGGAGCUGAUAGGAUUUGGAAUCCAGUGACACCUGGAGGUCCACAGGUUCCUCAUUCCUGCUUCAUACUAAUGGAAAGAUGGUGUGGAUGGAUGUUCUACCAAGGUGAAAGGACUCCUCUACAGUUCAGAACAGUUGGCCAGCGGAAGCCAUGCUGGGCUGCAACUUACACCCUCUUACUGACAGGGCUUUAUGAGGACGAGCUGUCUACUGCUGUAAAUUUAAUCAUGGUAGAAUUACCUCUCGUUCUUAGCAUGCAUUUAUGUUCCUUGAAUUAAAAUGCUAAGCACUUUUCUGCACCUUGGUAACAUGGCAAUCUCUGCUUUUGCUUAGCUAACUCCUCUGUGUCACAAGUAUUUGCUGGCCGUCAGGAGUGGAGACAAUGCCUCUGCAGUGAAGAAUGAGCUCCGAGAAAGGCUUCUGAAACUUGAAGAGGUGAGAGUUGGGGGCAUUGCUCCAAGGAAAGCUAUACGUUAACUUGAUUGUGGGGGAGAGAGGUUCUGCUUUUCCAUUCCACACAAAAGGUCUCUUCUAUUUUCCAACUAAAUUCAAGCAUUAUGUCCUUGGGCAACUCUUCUACUCCAUUACUAGGCUGAAGAGAUAUGUUGAACCUGUGCUAGGGAACAUAUUGCUCUGUUCUCUGUAUCUUAUUUCCAUAGCUGUACUUCAUGCAAUGAAAGUCUAAUAUUUUGAUCCUCCGCAUCCCACACAAGGGCUCAUUGAAACUUGUGACUCUUCCACAUAAUUUAGUUUUGGGAUUACAUACUCUGAGCAGACUCUAGUGCUGCCCACUAGAGGGAGCCAUGUUCAUAUCUUUAUUGAUGGAUUUGUUUCUGUCUGACAAGAGGGAUUUUCAAACAAAAAACCAAGAGUGUUUCCAGACAGAGCUCCUAGGGCUUUCCAGUGGUUCCAGUUUUGCUUUCUGCGGAAUCUGGAAUUGCAGCCAAAAAGUUCUUAAAAUCCAGCUGCACAACCCACUUUGGUCUGUGAUCUAUUGUGCAGUCUACAAGGGACCAGUACAGGUUAAAAUCUCCACACAGGUCUGCAACAUAGGGGUAGAAGUUCUGAAACUACUGAGCUCUGUGUAACAAGGGGCUGUCUGUUAUAUAUGCAGCCCCUUUCCCCUUCCUCACUCUAGAUUUCAGUUUCUGCACGUUCUCUUGGUAUACUGUGCUUUUUAUGUAGGAAUGUCAUGUGUCUCUUUCCCUUUUAGAUUCUAGUAAACCGCAAGACUAAGUAUUUCGGUGGGAACACUGUUUCCAUGAUCGACUAUCUGAUCUGGCCUUGGUUUGAGCGUAUGGAGCCCUACGAGUUAUAUGAGUAAGCCCUUUGAAUCAUUUGUACCUCUCACAUUUGAGUACCAUUCUCCAGCUACAUUCCUUCCCUUGUCCCUUCGCCAAUGGGCACCAUUGAUAGAGGAGAGCUGCUGCCAUUUGUUCUGGUUCAUCUGUAAUCUGCAAGGCAAUGGGGUGUCUGGCAGAAGUGAAGUGGGUGUGGAAGAGGAGGAGAAUCAUUCUUCUCACUUGAAAAUGCACAUUUGACUCACUUGAAUGUAUGUUUCUGGAGUGAUCCCUUCUGAUCUAUACUAGUAUUUACUGGCAGAUUCAGUUCUGUUCAAUUUGAAUUCGAUCAAGACAAUGGGUUUCUUUUCUCACUACAGAUAAUGGCCACACUUGGAUGAUCAUUCCUCUGAUUAAUAAGUCCAAUGUAUGAACAGCCCCUUUGGCUGUAUGCACAGCCUCUUUGUCUUCCCCAUGCAAGCAAAGUCUUCUGUUAACCACAGCUUCCCAGUUCAGGGAGGAAAAAACUAGUUAAGAGCUUCAGAACAAGUUUGGAUACUAAAUGUACUUCAAACCAUGGUUUAGAAACUUACCUUGCUCUAAUGCUGUUAACUGUGGUUUCUCAUUUUGUCCAAACUGAGAAACUGUAGUUAACAGAAAAUUACCUGGUUGUGUUGGCUGUUGCUGCAAAGGGAAGAGUGAAGAAGCUAAAUGCUUGGUCAAAAGGCUUGCUCAUCUUUUGCCUUGUUAAGCUGAGAUGUGAUAUAUUUGGAUCUCGUGAGUAAUAACACCUGCAUGUUUCACGAGGCUGAUGAAGCUUCUACCACAAUCGUGUCAGGCUCUAGUGGCACCUUAAUGGAGUUUUUGUUGUUGUUGUUUUAACUGAUGCAGCCGCUCCUGCACAUAUUUUUUUAAAAAACAUUUUUUAAUGUAACGUAACAGUUUAGGUAGUGCACAAGGAACUUGUGAUUACUGUGGGAGGAUUAAAAUUCUCAUUAGAAACAUUGCCGAGGCUAAAUGUUAUCAAACUAUGCCGCAAGGUGUCCAGAGGGUAAUUAGAGGAGGAUCAGACUCCUCUGAUGAUUUGCCUUUUCUCUGCUCUCCUUGAAGAGUCCAGGGUCAGGCUCGGUGCUCUGGGAUUUCUGAGAAAUUCCCUUUGUAUUAUACUUGUACAGUAAAUGAGAUAAUAGGAGUUCAGGUUUUACUUUCUUUUCUUUGGUAUAAUGUCAGGUUUAGAUCUGACUUCAAAGACAUCUCAGGUGCACACAGUGUAUAGGAUUAUCAUCCUAUGAAAGACAUUUGUAUACUUUUCCUUUAAAAAAAUGGAAUGAUGAGUUGACUAGGGGCAGGAUAGGAACAUAGGGAGCUGACUUAUACUGAGUCAGGCAGUUGGUCCAUCUUAGUAUUUCCUACACUUACUGGCAGUGGCUCUCAAAUGAUUUCAGACAGGGGUCUGUCACAGCCCUACCUGGAGGUGCCAGGAGUUGAAAACAGUGGUACCUCAGGUUACAGACGCUUCAGGUUACAGAUGCUUCAGGUUAGACUCUGCUAACCCAGAAACAGUACCUUGGGUUAAGAACUUUGCUUCAAGAUGAGAACAGAAAUUGUGCAGUGGCACCAGCGGGAGGCCCCAUUAGCUAAAGUGGUACCUCGGGUUAAGAAUGGUUUCAAGUUAAGAACGGACCUCCAAAACGAAUUAAGUUCUUAACCCGAGGUACCACUGUAUUGGACCAUCUGCAUGCAGAACAUCAUGCGCUACCGCAGAGCUAUGGCCCUUCUACAGUUAAGCUUGUGGAGCCACCUUCAGGUAGCAGGCUUUUUCCAUUUCUAGGUUCUAGACAGCUGCACUAUACAUCCCAUACCAGUUUGGCUCUGUAGCACACAACUAGGAAGGAGAUGUGGGUGUUGUUUUUUUCUGAGCCACUCCGGAGAAGAAGACUAUGAAUAGUUUCUAGCUGUGCUGGCCAAAUGGAACUUCCAGAUGCUGGGAGUAAACAGGGGACCACUCCUUCAUACCCUGCUUGUGGGUAUCCAGAAUCCUCUGGCUGGCAAAUGGGAGUAGAAACUUAAUGUAGCAUGGCUCUUGGUCCAGCAGUAUAGUUCUUGCCAUGGAAAGUGUGCUAUUUCAGGCUGCAUUGCCUGUGGGCUGAUCUCUCGGCCAAAUAGCUUGGAAAAACCCCUCUAAUUCAAACUGUUGGAAUCGGGAAGUGCUGAAACGACACACCUGCUCUCCAAAUCUAGAGCAGUGCAGCAGUGCCCCCUAUCUAUUUUGAAGCAUCUCAUCAUUUCUAAGGAAGCCAAGCAUAAUGGAUGUCAAAAACCUCUCUUCUUCCAACAGAGCUAAAUGCAGACAGCUUAGUAGUUUGGAAGCUGCCUUAUACAGAAGUAGACCAACGAUGCAUUGAGCUUAAUAUUGUAUUCUACACUGUCUGGCAGCAGCUCUCUGGAGUUUCAGAAGUAUGCCAGGGUUUGAAUUUGGGACCUUCUGCAUUCAAAACAUGUGCUCUACCGGAGACCUUUUGCAGACAAACCACCAUAGAUGUAGGCUUCACAGUGACUUUUUUCAUUUUCUCUGCAGCUGUUUGGACCACACACCAGAGCUAAAACACUGGGUUGAAGCCAUGAGGCUGGAUCCGGCUGUCAAGGCUACAGUAAACGACGCUCAGACAUACAAAGGCUUCCUGGAGCUCUAUCUGAAGAACAGCCACGAGGCCUGCGACUACGGCCUCUGAAAAUUAGUGGAGGGAAGCCUUUUCAAUAGUUGGAAAAGGAAGAUGGAGCUACUGCCGGCACAUGCAGAGCUGGUACCUGCACUGCACUGUCCACUAUUGGUUUGGUUUCUGUGUUUGAUGUACCACCUGCAAAAAAUAAGGCUUUCUUUUCCAAAGGGUGAUGUUCAGAAUUUGCCUAACUUUGUUUGCCCACCAGAGUUGUAAUGUCUUUUUCCUCAGGUAGGCAUGUGUACUGGCUCUGCUGCUGUUCUGAAAUAAACACACUUUAUAAACAUACAGGCGUUUCCUGUUACUUUUCCUUGCUGCUCCACAGGAGAGGCUAAGUCGCUGGAG